AGUUAGUUGAGCUUUGGCUGCCGGUGAAUGAAGUCGUUUGGUCCAAUAAGAACGUUGUGAAAUUUGUGUAUUUGGACGAAUUUAUUAGAAGAUUUUCGUUUCGUUUUGUUAAAUUCGGUGUCCUGUCCAGACAUAAAACAUCUAAGCAAAGUUGUAUUUUCGUAAAAUAAUUUGCAGAUUGCAAAUAAAAGAAUUUUUUUUUUUAUUUGAAAACUCUUUGACAUACCAAAAAGUUGUGAUACACGUCCGCAGUGUUAAAUGUGUACUUCGGGGAUAAAAAUAUCAUUUCGGUAACGGUUUGAAUAUUUAUGAGAGUGUAAUAUUUUUACUGAUGAAAUGAAUGAUGAAAAGUCUAAAUAAAAGGAUUAUUUAUCAUGAUUGGUGUGACACAUUACAUGGGAUUAAUUGAAAGAAACAUUUUACUAAACUUUUUUGUUUAUAAAAUGAAAAUCUGAAAUGGUAAAACUUCAUCUAUGAACGAAGCGAAGCCUAAACAUUCUUCAAGAAACUAUAAAAAAGAAUUUUAUUGUUUUACUUUUCGGUCGGUGAAUAAACAAUUCUCGUGCAUUUCUGUUCAGAAUUUUAAGUACAAAAUAAAAAAAAAACGUGAAAACGAGUCAAUGUUGAACCGAAAGAUUCGAAACCAAAACUUCCGAAAUAAACACAAUAAAUAAAAUUAAAAAAAUUCUCAAACGAACUAAAAAAGAAAAAGAAAAACGUCGUCGUAAUGUUUUCGAUGAAAAGUAGCGAUUUCGAAUUAAAGUGAGUAUUUGUUCAAAAAAUAAAAUAAAUAAAAAUAGAACGAGAAAAAUGUUCGGGAUAGCAGUUCAUCAAUCAUCCCGGCAUCAUCAUUAUCUUCAUCAAAAUCGUCGAUGGACAUGGACGCAACAAUUCGCUUUAACGCUCAUGUUGACCGUAACAUCUUCAGUAAAUGUUUUCGGAUUGGAAUAUCCACGAAUCACUGAACAUCCGAUGGACGUUAUGGUGCCGAGACAUGAUCCAGCUACAUUGAACUGUAAAGCGGAUGGUUCACCAGCUCCAAGCAUAGAUUGGUUCAAAGACGGUGAAAAACUGAAAGUUGAAUCGGGCAGCCAUAGAAUGGUUUUACCAGCUGGAGGAUUGUUUUUUCUAAAGGUGGUUCAUUCUCGCCGUGAAAGCGACUCUGGGGUUUAUUGGUGCGAAGCUAGAAAUGAACUGGGAACAGUAAGAAGCCGGAAUGCUACUUUGAAUGUUGCAGGUAAGCAAAGACAUAUUAUUAAAACAUUUGUAUCAAAAAGCGACUGUUCAUGAAUAAUAUUGGAUUAGAUUAGCUUC